AUGAGUAGCCGAAAGGGUUCUUCUGACAUCACUGGCAAAGUGGUGGUGGUUGCAGUUAAAGCUUCAAAAGAGAUUUCAAGGACUGCUUUGGUGUGGGCUUUGAAUCAUGUUGCUCAACCAGGGGACUGCAUUAAGAUGUUGGUCGUUAUUCCGGCUAUCUGCUCAAACACGAAGAUAUGGGGACUUCCGAAACUGGCUGCUGAUUGUAUCACUAGUCACUGGAUAUCUCGUUUAGGAACUGUUUCAGAUCAGAGAGAAGUUAGUGUUAAUUCAUGUUCUCAAAUGGUUCUUCAACUUCAUGAUUUUUAUGAUCCAGAGAAGAUAAAGAUCAGAGUAAAGAUUCUUUCUAGUUCCGUAUGUGGAGCAGUGGCUGCUGAAGCCAAGAGAGUUCAAUCAAGCUGGGUUAUAUUAGACAAAAAAUUGAAAAAUGAGAAGAAAUACUGCAUGGAGGAGCUAAGUUGCAAUGUUGUAAUCAUGAAGCGAUCUGGGCCAAAUGUUCUACGAUUGAAUUUGACCAGUUCACCAAAUAUGGAACUUAAAGGGGGUUGUCCAUUGUCAUCGAAGCUGAAUGCUUUUCCAAGAAACUUCAAAGACAAGUCUGAACAUCCAGAUAUGAUUAGAGGUCCUAUUGUUACUUCUGCCAGUAGUUCAAAACUCGGGUCAAACCUGACUUCAACUAACGUUGGAACAUCAUCAACAUUAAAUGAUUCAGAGAGUGAAGAUUUGAGUUUAUCAUCCAGAAGUUCAUAUUUCCAGCCAUGGAUUUCAAAUGCAAUUUGCAUUGAUGGUGACAUUUCAAAAGAGGACAUUAUGCUAAGAUCCAGUGAUGAGGCUUUGGUUUCUAUAAACAAAGCAUUGCAUCAGAAAUUCUCAAAGUUGGAUCAAGAUCCUAAUUUAGGAGUACUUAGGUGUAAACUUGAUGUGAACUUAAGUAGAAGUGUUAGAGAAGCAAUUUCACAAGCCAGAAGUGCCCCUCAUGGAACUCCCCCAUUGUGCUCUAUUUGUCAGCAUAGUUCACCUGUAUUUGGUAAUCCUCCAAGAUGGUUUACAUUUGCUGAACUGCAACAUGCCACAUGUGGAUUUUCACAAGCAAAUUUUUUGGCUGAAGGUGGGUUUGGUUCUGUACACCGUGGUGUCCUACGUAAUGGGCAGGUCAUUGCUGUCAAGCAGUAUAAAGUAGCUAGUACUCAAGGUGAUAAAGAUUUUUGCUCUGAAGUUGAGGUGUUAAGCUGUGCACAACAUCGUAAUGUUGUGAUGCUCAUUGGGUUUUGUGUGGAGAAUGGAAGAAGACUGCUAGUUUAUGAAUACAUCUGCAACGGAUCCCUAUAUUCUCAUCUUCAUGGACAAAAGCAGAAUGUACUAGAAUGGUCUGCACGUAAAAAAAUUGCAGUUGGAACAGCUCGUGGUUUGAGAUACCUUCAUGAAGAAUGUAGAGUGGGUUGUAUUGUGCACCGUGACAUGAGGCCUAACAAUAUUCUCCUCACUCAUGACUUUGAAGCAUUAGUUGGAGAUUUUGGACUUGCCAGGUGGCAGCCGGAUGGAGAAAUGGGUGUACAAUCCAGGGUGAUAGGAACAUUAGGGUAUUUGGCUCCAGAAUAUACUCUAAGUGGGGAAAUCACUGAAAAAGCUGAUGUGUAUUCCUUUGGGGUAGUAUUACUGGAGCUUAUUACUGGAAGGAAAGCUAUGGAUGUAAACAGGCCCAAAGGUCAGCAAUGCCUCCAUGAGUGGGCACGUCCAUUGCUUGAGGUACAUGCCAUUGAUGAACUGGUUGAUCCAAGCAUAAGAAACUGCGCUAUUGAUAAAGAGGUUCACCGCAUGCUGCAAUGUUCCUCAUUGUGCAUCCAGCAGGAUCCUCAUUCAAGGCCACGAAUGUCUCAGGUGCUCCGGAUGCUGGAAGGUUAA